UAAAUUCAAUUGGUGCCAUGAAAUGGCGCUUAAAUUCCAGUGUAUCGAACCGGUAUUAGUCACGUGACAUGCGCAAAGGAUUGUACGCAUAAGAAUGAAUAAGAGAAGUCCUAUCGGCUGGAGCCGCGUUUUAUUGCGUUGCGCGCAGGUCUGAAAUUCCGUAAGAGCCUGUUUGAUCCUCGAUGUAUAAAGAAUACCUUUGACCUAUACCAUGAACAGUGUUCACCGGUCAUCGGAUCGAGAACACGCUAAAAGUACUGCGUGAUUCGUUAAGAAAAUGCAUAAGCAUGCGGUCGACUUUAAUCGUACACACAAAAUCGCCUAUCUUCUCCUCGAAGAUGGUUCGGUCUUCCCGGGAAGACAUUUCGGCGCGGAGAGACCGGUCGAUGGUGAAAUAGUUUUCCAGACCGGUAUGGUGGGUUAUCUAGAAUCGCUUACAGAUCCUUCCUACCAUGCUCAAAUUCUAGUGCUCACGUAUCCACUGGUCGGAAAUUAUGGAGUGUUUGCCCACGAAACGGAUGAACAUAAAAUUCCAUAUUGGUUCGAAUCUGAUCAAAUUUGGGCCGCUGCAUUGGUGGUCGGUGAAAUUUGCGAAACUCCGAGCCAUUGGCGUCAAAUCAAAACCCUGUCCGAAUGGAUGAAGGAACAAAAUAUUCCUGGCAUAUACGAAAUUGACACCAGAGCUUUGACAAAAAUAAUUCGCGAGAAAGGCACUUUAUUAGGUAGAAUCGUGCUUGAUCUGCCAACAUUUAAUCCCAUUCCUUCUUUAAUUCCUCCGAUAGAAGACCCGAACAAAAGAAAUCUCGUUGCAGAAGUUGUUCAGUCUGCUCAAAGAACGUACAAUGCCUCUGGUUAUCCUCGCAUAUGUGUAGUAGACUGCGGUUUAAAGUACAAUCAAUUGAGGUGCUUGAUUAGUCGAGGUGCCCGAUUAGAUGUUGUGCCUUGGAAUAACAAUUUAAAGAAUAUCGAUUACGACGGCUUAUUUCUCAGUAAUGGACCAGGCGAUCCGACCAAAUGUGAGACGACGAUUGAAAAUAUUCGAUCCAUUCUCGAGUCACGAACGAGAAAACCGAUAUUCGGUAUUUGUCUCGGACAUCAAUUACUUUGUAUUGCCGCCGGUUGCGUCACAUACAAGAUGAAUUACGGAAAUCGCGGUCAUAAUCAACCGGUUACACAUCAUGGAACCACUCGUUGCUAUAUGACUAUGCAAAAUCAUGGAUUCGCCGUGGACGCGAAUCAAUUGCCAACCGAUUGGGAACCGCUUUUUACCAAUACUAAUGAUAACACCAACGAAGGUGUAAUACAUUCCACGCUUCCUUAUUUCUCCGUUCAAUUUCAUCCCGAACAUUCAGCCGGCCCGCAAGAUCUAGAAUGCUUGUUCGACGUUUUUCUGGAUGUCGUGGUCGAUAAUGCAAAAGGAGGACAACUUUCUAUCAAAGAGAGAUUAAAUCGUGAAUUGAGCUUUCAUGGAGAAAAUUUUAAAUUGUCCGUACGGCCGAAGAAGGUGUUAAUUUUGGGAUCGGGCGGCCUCAGCAUUGGACAAGCGGGCGAAUUCGAUUACUCUGGAUCACAAGCGAUUAAAGCAUUGCGGGAAGAAUGCGUGCAAACGCUGUUGAUUAAUCCUAAUAUUGCAACUGUACAAACAUCCAAAGGCAUGGCGAAUAAAGUCUAUUUUCUACCUAUUAUACCGGAAUACGUGGAACAAGUAAUACAAUCGGAACGGCCAGAUGGUGUGCUAUUAACAUUCGGUGGGCAGACUGCUCUCAAUUGUGGCGUCGAGCUUGAGAAGAACGGGAUAUUUAAGAAGUAUAACGUGAAAAUUCUAGGAACGCCUAUACAAUCAAUUAUAGAAACGGAGGAUAGAAAGAUUUUUGCAGAACGUAUAGCAGAGAUCGAUGAAAAGGUGGCACCAAGCGCAGCUGUGUACUCCAUCCAGGAGGCAUUAGACGCUGCCGAGAAAUUAGGAUAUCCAGUAAUGGCCAGGGCAGCAUUCUCCCUCGGUGGUUUGGGAUCCGGUUUUGCAAAUUCUAUGAAAGAAUUGCGAAAUCUUGCUCAACAAGCGUUCGCUCAUUCGAAUCAAUUGAUCAUCGAUAAAUCGUUAAAAGGUUGGAAAGAAGUGGAGUACGAGGUCGUGCGGGAUGCGUACGACAAUUGCAUCACAGUUUGCAAUAUGGAAAACGUCGAUCCCCUUGGGAUUCAUACCGGAGAAUCGAUCGUCGUCGCUCCAAGCCAAACCUUAUCCAAUAAAGAAUACAAUAUGCUUCGAACGACAGCUAUUAACGUGAUUAGACACUUCGGCAUUGUCGGCGAGUGCAACAUUCAAUACGCGCUGAAUCCAAAUACCGAGGAAUAUUACAUAAUCGAAGUAAACGCAAGAUUAUCUCGUAGCUCGGCUUUAGCAAGCAAAGCAACAGGAUAUCCAUUGGCUUACGUAGCCGCCAAGCUAGCUCUUGGUGUACGUUUACCGGAUAUUCACAAUUCCGUUACUGGAAAGACCACGGCUUGCUUCGAACCUAGCCUCGAUUAUUGCGUCGUUAAGAUCCCCAGAUGGGAUCUCGGCAAAUUUCAUCGGGUAUGCACGAAGAUCGGCAGUUCCAUGAAAAGCGUGGGGGAAGUAAUGGCGAUUGGCCGUAAAUUCGAGGAAGCUUUUCAAAAAGCUUUAAGGAUGGUCGACGAGAACAUCAACGGUUUCGACCCUUACGUGAAAACCCCGAACGACGAGGAAUUGGAAAAGCCGACGGACAAAAGAAUGUUUGUACUCGCGGCCUCUAUAAAAGCUGGAUAUACAAUCGAUCGAUUGUACGAACUUACGAAAAUAGAUAAAUGGUUUUUACACAAGAUGAAAAACAUCAUCGACUAUUACUUGGUCUUGGAAAAUACGGAUCACACGAAAUUGUCGCACAACGUUUUGCUACGGGCGAAACAAAUUGGAUUCUCGGAUAAGCAAAUUGCAGCCGUGGUUAAAAGUUCGGAAUUGGCUGUCAGGAUACAGAGGCAAGAGAACAAUAUACGACCGAUGGUGAAACAAAUAGAUACGGUAGCCGCGGAGUGGCCAGCCACUACUAAUUACCUUUACCUAACUUACAACGGCACUACACACGAUGUCGAAUUCCCUGGUGGAUACACAAUGGUGAUAGGAUCCGGAGUGUAUCGAAUCGGUAGUUCGGUAGAAUUUGAUUGGUGUGCCGUCAGCUGUUUGCGGGAAUUGCGAAAUUUAGGGCGAAAAACGAUCAUGGUGAAUUACAAUCCUGAAACAGUGAGCACCGAUUACGACAUGAGCGAUCGAUUGUACUUCGAAGAGAUAUCGUUCGAAGUUGUAAUGGAUAUUUACGAUCACGAAUGUCCAGAGGGGAUAAUUUUAUCAAUGGGCGGCCAAUUGCCAAAUAAUAUCGCUAUGGAUCUUCACAGGCAGCAAGCGAGAAUUCUCGGCACUUCGCCUGAAUCUGUCGAUGGAGCUGAGAAUCGUUUCAAAUUUUCUCGUAUGCUGGACGGCAUUGGAAUUUCGCAACCCAGGUGGAAAGAAUUAACCAACUUGAAAUCCGCGAUCGAAUUUUGCGAGGAAGUUGGAUAUCCAUGUUUGGUACGCCCUUCUUACGUGUUAAGUGGCGCUGCGAUGAACGUGGCCCACUCGAAUAACGAUCUCGAGUCGUACCUGAAGAGCGCGAGCGAAGUAAACAAGGAGCAUCCAGUGGUUAUAUCAAAAUUUAUCCUCGAAGCGAAGGAGAUAGACGUGGACGCGGUUGCCUUUGACGGAAUUAUUCUUUGCAUGGCGGUGUCCGAACACGUGGAGAAUGCGGGCGUUCAUUCGGGUGACGCUACUCUGGUCACGCCACCGCAGGAUAUCAACGCGGAAACUUUGACGAAAAUCAAAAUGAUGUCGAAGGCGAUUGCCGCGUCCCUCGGCGUCACCGGCCCCUUUAAUAUGCAAUUGAUCGCGAAGGAUAACGAGCUUAAAGUCAUCGAAUGUAACGUCAGAGUGUCAAGAUCUUUCCCUUUUGUAUCGAAGACUUUGGAUCACGAUUUCGUCGCUAUGGCUACACGAUUGAUCGUUGGAGAGGCCGUAGAACCGGUUGACGUACUCGCUGGAUGUGGCAAAGUCGGGGUUAAAGUUCCACAAUUUUCUUUUUCUCGUCUUGCGGGAGCUGACGUGAUGUUGGGAGUGGAGAUGGUAUCCACUGGUGAAGUGGCUUGUUUCGGGGAUAAUCGAUACGAAGCUUAUUUGAAGGGAAUAAUGAGCACAGGUUUUCACAUACCUCAGAGAGGAAUCUUGCUUUCGAUAGGAAGCUUUAAACACAAGAUGGAACUGUUACCAUCUAUUCGCAGUCUUCAUAAGAUGGGUUAUAAAUUAUACGCUAGUAUGGGUACCGCAGAUUUCUACACAGAACACGGAGUGAAGGUAGAGCCCGUACAAUGGACGUUCGAGAAUAUCAGCGUCAACGAAGAUUCCAGCCCGAGCGAACUUCGACAUUUGGCCGACUUUCUAUCGAAGAAACAAUUUGAUCUUGUGAUUAAUUUACCAAUGAGGAACGGCGGUGCACGCCGAGUUUCCAAUUUCAUGACACACGGAUACCGUACGAGGAGGCUCGCCGUCGAUUAUUCCGUUCCUUUAAUCACGGAUGUUAAAUGUGCUAAAUUGCUCGUUGAAGCUAUGAGAAUGCUCGGCGGACGUGCACCUCGAAUGAAAACUCAUACGGAUUGUAUGUCAUCGCGGACGAUGAUUAAACUUCCCGGCUUGAUCGAUAUUCACGUACACACACGUGAUCCAGGCGCAAUUUACAAAGAAGAUUUCGCUUCUUGUACGGCCGCUGCUCUUGCCGGAGGUAUCACCAUGAUUUUUGCUAUGCCCAACACGAAUCCUGCUGUCGUCGAUCAUCAAUCAUUCGCUCUGGCCAAAGAACUAGCGGCGGGUCUUAAAAUGUAUCUCAACGAAACUUUUACAACACUCCGAUUGUCCGAUCUUACCGUGUGGAUCAAGCAUUUCCAAAGUUGGCCAAAGAAAUAUCCCCUAUGCGUUCACGCCGAGGGUCAAACAACUGCAGCGAUUCUCUUGCUGGCUGGGUUGCAUAAUAGGCCUAUUCACGUCUGCCAUGUAGCGCGAAAGGAAGAGAUUCAAAUAAUACGCGCGGCUAAGGAGAAAGGAAUGGCUGUCACUUGCGAAGUGUGUCCGCAUCACUUGUUCCUGUGCGUGGAUGAUCUUGAACGGAUAGGACCUGGCCGAGGCCAAGUGAGGCCAUUGUUAGGAACCAAGGAGGAUCAACAAGCUCUUUGGAAUAAUUUAAAUAUAAUCGAUUGCUUCGCUACGGAUCAUGCACCCCACACGUUGCAAGAAAAAUCGAGCGAGAAACCACCACCUGGAUUCCCCGGCCUCGAAACUAUGCUCCCACUUUUGUUGACUGCGGUUCACGAAGGAAAAUUAACGAUAGAAGACAUUAUAGACAAACUCUACAGAAAUCCGAAAAAGAUCUUUAACGUGCCAGAUCAAUCAAACACCUACAUCGAAGUGGAUCUCGACGACGAGUGGACGAUUCCGGAAGCGAUGCCUUUCAGCAAAUCAAAGUGGACGCCUUUCGCCGGAAUGAAAGUUCGUGGCUCCGUUCAUCGUGUAGUGCUUAGAGGAGAAGUUGCCUACGUUGAGGGGCAAGUUCUGGUGAAUCCUGGCUUUGGCCAAGAUAUUAGAGAGAUUCAAUCGAAAAUGAAAGUUCAAACAAUUGUAAACGCGCCUGUCAUUGACGUAACCACUAGUCGACCAAACUCGGCAUUGGAUGGCCUUUUGUCGCCAAACUACGAAAAGUACAACAAUUAUAUCGAGCGGAUAACGGAUAUGUCGGAAGAAGAUCAAAACGAAUCGUACGCGCAUCUGUUGCAAACAGUGGCGCACAAAUCGAACGUUCACUUCGCCUUGGAUGUAGAUACGCGCGAACAUUCGAAACUUUUAACAAGUCAACAACGCACGAUCUCACCCCUUCCCAUUAGCAAUGCGACAAAACACAAAAGCGACAGCAAUCCCAAUCUUCUGUUGACCUCGGUCCCACCAAUCACGCCGGUCCACAUUUGUCACAAUCUAGUCGGACAUAACAUUUUGACAGUGGAUAUUUUCAACAAAGACAUGUUAAAAGAUAUAUUUAACCUUGCGGAAAUUCUUCGCAGCGCUGUUAGAAAGGAACGACUGUUGGAUCAUAUUUUACGGGGAAAGUUGCUGGCGACGAUCUUUUACGAGGUUAGCACGAGAACGUCUUGCAGUUUUGCGGCUGCCAUGCAACGACUUGGAGGAAGUGUGAUAUACAUGGACGGUACAACAUCGUCGGUAAAAAAGGGAGAAACUUUGGAAGAUUCGGUAAUAAUGAUGGCUGGCUACGCGGAUGUAGUGGUGCUCCGACAUCCCGAGUCUACUGCCAUUGCGAGAGCUGCCCAACACUGUAGAAAACCUUUACUGAACGCCGGUGAUGGCAUUGGAGAACACCCGACUCAAGCGUUACUCGAUAUUUUCACGAUAAGAGACGAGAUCGGUACGGUGAAUGGGUUGACAAUCACCAUGGUUGGGGAUUUAAAACAUGGAAGAACGGUCCAUUCUCUCGCAAGAUUAUUGACUCUGUACAACGUUGAACUUCGUUACGUGUGCCCAUCUGGCCUUGGUAUGCCUGACCAUGUUGUCAAGUACGUGUCCGAUCACGGAAUACGUCAGGACAAUUUUACUACACUCGAAGAAGCUCUUCCCGACACUGAUGUCCUUUACAUGACACGCAUUCAAGAAGAACGUUUCGCCUCUCAAGAGGAGUAUAAAAAAGUUUGCGGACAUUUUAUAAUAACUCCACAGUUAAUGUCUCGAGCCAAAAGAAAAAUGGUAGUGAUGCAUCCCUUGCCACGAGUAUUCGAGAUCAGUACAGAAUUUGACACGGAUCCACGUGCUGCUUACUUUCGACAAGCCGAAAACGGUGUUUACGUUCGAAUGGCACUUUUGGCAAUGGUUCUUGGACGUGCGUGACAUAUUCGAAAAUAAGGAAUAAGAUUGAUCAAAAUCAAGAUUAGCUUGAUUUUAAAUGUAUUAUCAAUAACAUA